GCCAGCGCUCAUGCAGAGUUGAGGAGGUCGUCGAUGAUUGCGGGCAUUGCGGGCUCCGUCGGCGUUGUUAAUUCAAUGAGUUGUGUGGUGGGUAGUACGAGCUGGUAGCCGUCUUUGACGUUGCAUCAAGCAAAAAGUGGUCUAUGUUGCUAACGCUUUUUAGUAGGUUGAAAGAAAUCGGCUCUGAAUUUAGGAUGUCUGUACCAGACCAUUCGUCGUCGGAGCUUUCAAAAGGGUUGUGGCUGCUGAAGCAUGCUUGCCUCCUGUUGGACUCCCUGUUGAGCACCCUGCUUGACCUUGUUCCCAGCUGGAUCUCCAAGUACUUGCGCUGGUGCCCCACCUCCAGUGAGCGGCUGGAGGAGGCUGAGAGACGACUUCUUGCCUAUGUGAAGAAGCCAUUCCAGUCCAAGUUUGUUACGAUAGACUCGAUCCUGAAAUGCAAGGGCAGUCAUCAGAUAAGGACCAUUGAGAUGGGGCCCACCAACGAGCCCCCGCCAGGAGAGGAACGUGUGCCUCUGGUACUUGUGCACGGGUUUGCAUCUGGGGUGGCGCUCUGGCUGCUCAACCUCGAUAAGUUGAGCGAGGACCGCACGGUGUACAGUUUUGACACCCUGGGCUUCGGCAGGAGUUCACGUCCGCGACUGUCCAGUGACUCGUUGGAAGCGGAGUACCAAUUUGUACAAAGUCUGGAGGAGUGGCGUGCCCAGGUAGGCCUGGACCGCUUUGUGCUGCUGGGCCACAGCAUGGGCGGCUUUCUGGCAGCUUCGUAUGCGCUGCGCUUUCCCGAGAGGGUGGCGCACCUGGUGCUGGCAGACCCGUGGGGGUUCCCCGAGCGUCGGGUGCCGUCACCCAAAGCCCUGCAGCUGCCCACCUGGGUGCGGGCCGUUUCCACCCUGCUUAGCCCCUUCAACCCAUUGGUGGCCUUGCGCGUGGCUGGACCCUGGGGUCCCUUGCUCGUGGAGAAAAUCCGAGCAGACAUUGGCAAGAAAUAUGAACACAUUGUGCAGGAUAGUGAAGCGGUUCCUCGGUACAUCUACCACUGCAACGCUCAAUUUCCCAGUGGGGAGUCUGCAUUCAAGGCCAUGAUGACCCAGUACGGCUGGGCCAGGCACCCGAUGGUGAACCGGAUAGCGGAGCUCCACGUGGGAGUUCCCAUGACCUUCAUUUAUGGCUCCAAGUCAUGGGUGGACAAGCAGCCCGGCAUCCAAGUGCAGCAGGUUCGAGAGGAGAGCGAGGUGGAUGUUGAGAUCAUAGAGGGGGCGGGACACCACGUGUUUGCUGAUCGGCCAGACCAGUUCAACGACAUGGUGUGCAAGCUCUGCCGAAACACGGACGCUGCCGAGAGGAUCAUUCGGGCACUCACCGAGAAUGAGGACGACGAGAAGGCAGACGAAAAGAACCUCGCGUCGAGCGCAAAGCUGCUUCGAAGCAAAGUGUUCCUGUAGCUUCACACUCUGCCGCCUUAUUGCUCCCCCAUCCUCAUGUCUCUCACCCACAUUCUCAGUUUUUCACCUAGCCGUAAUGGUGCAACAAAUUAGUUGCUUGCAGAGCCUUUCACUUAGUUUUCACGUAGUUUAUGUGAUCUGGAUUUAUUCUGUUGUUUUCUUUGUUUUUAGCUGAAUUUGACAGGAAAAGUGUUAAAACAUCAUGGUGGGGUGGUUUAGGCUGCAGGUUCAGCUGGUGAUGAGGGUUUUUGUUUGACACUUUUUGAGGUUUUCUAGGUGUUUAGUAGCACUAUUUUGAAGUAAUUUAAAAUGACACUGGACUGUUCACUUCAAGCCAAGUUGGUGUUGUUGAACUGCAAGCAAACAUGCUGUCUGAGCCUGCUGGAGAGGGCAGCAUUAGAUUCUACCUCUAAUGGGUGUAGCUUAGUUCCAUCUUCACUUCAAUGUCUUGCAGUCUAUUUUGGAGGGAUAUGAGCUAAGGGAGCUAUAAUUUAUUUUAAAGUCUGGCAACACCCAUUUACCUUGCAGCAUGUAUGUGCCUAUUUUAUAACACAUGAAACAUUGUGGCACUGACUUGUGUUGCCCUUAUGUAACCCAUUUUAUGAGUAUGUUAUACAGGCACACAAGUGGGUCCACAAGAAGCCAUCAUUUUAUGCACUUCGUUGCAGCAAAGUGGGCACUUUAUGGGCUAGAAUACCGGCACGUGGUUAGUGCGGGCGGAUCACGUGAACAAAGCAAACGCUGCACUACAAAUGUACCCGGGUCGAGUCCGCUGCUUGUGAUAUGUUGUGGCAUUAGCAGUCUGGUGCCGCUGCGUCUUAUUUAAUAAACAUAUUUUCAGCGUUCA